AAGAAUCGCAUUAUCUUCCUCUUCUGGUUUCGUGAUCUCAAAGGACAAGCCAUCACUGAGCCAUCUACAUUGCGGGGCAAGGAGGCUGGCAACGGAAUUGAUUUGUGGGGCGCGACACUCUACGACUUCUACCGUGAUCGACGUCUCCCAAAUACGCCAAAUUAUUUCACCAACUCCACAGGAAGCAAACUUGCGAAAUGGAUGCGCCAGGCUGGUGAGCUCAUAGCUCAGGAUGAGCUCUGUUUGGCCGACAAGGAGGAGGAUCCCAAAGAGAUACCAGUAUGCGACACCAGGGAACUCAUAGCGUGCUAUGAU